GGGCAUUAGACCAAGCACUCACUGGGAAACCAGUGCUGGUGCCAGCGGCUACUGUGGGUUCCCAGGCUGCUUUUUCUGAGACAGGCCCAUGGACACGGUGCGGAUCGCAGUGGUCGGGGCUGGUGUGAUCGGGCUCUCCACUGCCCUGUGCAUUUCCAAUCGCGUCCCAAGGAGCUCCAUCACAGUGCUGUCAGACAAGUUCACUCCUGACACCACUAGCGACGUCGCAGCCGGAAUGCUGAUUCCCCACCAGUAUGCAGACACAGCCGUUCACAAGCAGAAGCAAUGGUUUAGAGAGACCUUUGAUCACCUGUUCGCCAUUGCCAAUUCUGCAGAUGCUAGAGACGCUGGCGUUCACCUGGUGUCUGGUUGGCAGAUAUUUCGAACCCUUCCUAUUGAAGAAGUGCCGUUUUGGGCGGACGUGGUCCUGGGAUUCCGAGAGAUGACUGAGGCUGAGCUGAAGAAAUUCCCGCAGCACGUGUUUGGCCAGGCUUUCACCACCCUGAAAUGUGAAGGCCCCACCUACCUCCCCUGGAUGGAGAAAAGAAUAAAAGCGAGUGGAGGCCUGAUGCUCACGCGGCGAGUAGAAGACCUGUGGGAGCUCCAGCCCUCCUUUGACAUCGUGGUCAACUGCUCAGGCCUUGGAAGCAGAGAGCUUGUGGGAGACUCACAGAUUCUCCCUGUGCGGGGCCAAGUGCUCAAAGUUCAGGCCCCAUGGGUGAAGCAUUUUAUCCGAGCUGAGAGUGGGCUGACCUACAUUUACCCGGGCGCAUCCAAUGUAACCCUGGGUGGAACUAGGCAAGAGGGAGACUGGGAGCUCUCCCCAGACCCAGGAACUAGCAGGGAGAUCUUUUCCCGGUGUUGUGCUCUUGAGCCCUCCCUGCGUGGAGCCUAUGACGUAAAGGAGAAGGUUGGCUUGAGGCCGUCUAGGCCAGGUGUGCAGCUGCAGAAAGAGCUCCUAGUCCAAGAUGGCAGGAGGCUGCCUGUUGUCCACCACUACGGCCACGGGAGCGGGGGCUUCUCUGUGCACUGGGGCACGGCUCUGGAGGCCACCCAGUUGGUGAGUGAGUGGGUCCAAGCCCUGAGGACCCCUGCCCCCACAGCAAAACUGUAGGUGGCAUGACGUGACAGACAGCAGAUGGUUCCAGAGACUAUGGGUCAAAAUACAAUUUCAUCUCUGGAACAGGUUCAAUAACAUUUCUAUUGCACAAACAUUCAAUUAGACAUGUUUUCAAAAUCAGCAAGGAUGCAAUAUGUAUUAGUAGACUUCGAAAAUCCAGUACUAAUGAUUCAGGCACAAGGCUCUGUUUUUGUUAAAACCACUUGUCAUAUAAAGGAAGAUUUUUUUUAGAUUGAGUGUAUGUUCGUAGACCCAUGCUGAUUUACAUAGGUGAUGCCAGCUGUCAGCAUUUUGGCUCAUAAAUUAUCAGGAGAUAAUGAAUAGGAAACAUUUAAAUCCCCAUCACCUAGGAUCUUCUUCAGUUGUAGCCAAGUGAGCAUCAUAAUCCUUCUAAAGAAAACUGCGUGGCCAUCACUCAAUACAAGCUCAUUAUAUUUAAUUGAAGGCUAAGCACACUUCCUGCUAAUACUAAUGGUAGCCUCCCCUCCGCUCAGCUAGUCAUGGUGGAAGAAGAUGAGCAUGAAGUCGCUUAAGGAUGUGGCGUCAGCUCAGUAGCUUCCGGGGGUUAAUCACUCAAGAGCGGUUCAUGCCAUCCUCACUAAUGACUAAGCAUAUUUGAAAAUUGAACAUCGUGUGCAGCCAAAGAGCUAAUUUGCUAAUUAAAAUGGAACAAUCCUUCCCAAAGAAAUAAAAACAGAGAACUCUGUGCCAGCUGUUAACAAGUAGCACGGAAGAAGAGGGCAACGGCCCCAUGAUCGAUGAGUUUGGGAAUUGUUGAAUUCUUGACAUGUCUUUGGCUUGGGUAAAAACCAGUUAAACCAA